UUGGAUUAGAAAACAACAAGUUUAUUAUAAGAAGUUAUGGAAGUUUUGUGGGAUUGUUUAUCAAGGUUUUGUUACAGAUCUGUUAUGGAACAACAGUGUUUUCAUUGCUGCUAAAGUCAUCAUAACAAUUGCAAAGUCCUUGAGGCUAAUUGGUGGAGAAAAACGCGCGGCAAAUUAAAUAUGGCCAUGAUUGAAACCGUGCGUCAACGGCAAAAGAACUCCGUGGACUUCGCGUCGUGCUACGAUAAUCUUUGCGCUCUACAGAACUCCUGUCCUCUAGGAUCAAUCACUGCGAAUCUAGAUGAACUUACUAUAGAUUGCAAUGCCGAUCGAAUUCGCCAUUCUGACUGGACUCCAAUCUUGAACGCACUGAAGAUCAACAAGACUUUGAAAACCGUAGCUUUCAGGAGUUACUGGCAACAAACGUUAUAUCCGGAUGGAGAAGUAUCUGAGCAACGUUUGCAGGCAUUGAGGAAGAGAGCUCCUCCAAUCCGCAGCAAGGAUGUCACAUACAGAGUCUGCAGAACUAUCAAAGAAUGUCUAAGUGUCACUGAGAACUUGAAGUCUGUAACUUUCCAAGGAAUUCCACUGAGAGAGCGAGACCUGACUUGCUUGGCUAAGGGUAUAGCCAAGAACAAAACUCUACAACAUUUAUCUCUGGAAUUUUGCCAGAUUGGAGAUAGUGGUGUUGAAAUCCUCUGUAAUGCCAUAAAGAAUAACACUUCACUGAUGACUGUGAACUUCUCUGGCUGUAGUCUAACCUGGAGAGGAGCUGAUACCCUGGCUAAAGUUAUAAGGCAUCAAGCCACAAGACGCCACAGUGUUGCUUGGCAAGACAGCUUACGUUAUCGCCGUCCAGAUCUUGACAGAAUGCCAGGACUUCGGAGAAUAACAAUCUGUAAAAACCCACUCAUUAAUGAUCAUGGAGCAGAACUGAUAGCUGAAGCACUGAAAGAUGACCUCUGGGUCAAAGCUUUAGAUAUGCAACAAUGUGGAAUUUCAACUGUAGGAGCAAUGGCUUUCCAGCCUGUAUUAAAGUUUAACUCCACUGUCAGUGUACUGGACCUCAGGGUAAACCCCUUGAUUGAGCGAGAAGUAUUUGGAUCCCUGAUGGAGCAACUGAUGAUUAACACUGGAGAAAGUGAAUUAGAAUACCCGUGGUUAGUAAUUCGAGAGCCGAAAGCUGGACGAAUUAGGCCGCAGAAACGAAAAAGCACAUCUACAAACCAAGCACAGCGUGGAGGAAGAGCUGGUGUCUCCAAGAAUGCGUCUGUUGUAACAAAGAAGUCUGCAGCUGGCUUCAUUCCUUGGAGGACGGCCGCCAGAGUGGGCAAGAACAGACAUAAACUUGGAAGGCAGACCGCACAGGACGGUUUGACGGUCAAAAAGAAGAAGGUUAAGACUGCUGUAACUAAACCUCGUGCUACAAGCUCGCCGUUAGUGAGUGAAGAAGAUGAACGAAUUUCGAACCGUACAAUUACCCCAGAUUCAUCCAUUGAUAAUCGUGAAAAGUUGAAAGACAUGCAGGUUGAGAUGGAGAUUCUUAAACAUCGUCUUGAAGAGGAAAGCCGAGCACGUGCCACAGCUGAUUCAAGAAUACUCGAAUUGCAAGUUGAAAACAGGCGACUGCAGCAGGAAAUACGGCUGUUGAAGACCAAACAAACGCUACCACCCUCCCGCCCCAUCUCGUUUAAUGGCAUGUUUAUGAACACUACUUUAGAUCAAGAGAAGAAUGGAGGAGCGAGAACCAUACUUGAAGACGACCGUGUAUUGGAAAGUAUAGAAGCAUCAUUCCGACAGUUUCACGGAUUCUUGGAUUUGUUGAAAGGAUCCAAGUUCAGCGAACUUGCGCAUGUUCUUGGUGAGAACAGCCGCCUACCGGAGCCAGACAGGGGACUUUCCCCCAUCACAGAAGAGUCAUCUGGAACAGCGAGCUGACGAUUAGUUGUUACUUGACAGUGAAGUCCAGUGAAACCAAUUUAACGCUCCGACAAAUGCUCUUUUAAUUUAACUGAAAUCUGAAGAUUCAACUAAACUUGUAAGGAUAAGAUCAAGUCGUUGCUAAGCUCCUUGUUGCGUCAAUAGUACUUGUUACUUCCGUUCAUUUCGGUUUAUCUUAUGAGCUAGUAUUUAUUGAUAUUUUGUAACCAUAUACAAGAUUCUGAUGUACGCAUCUUUUCAAUCAGAUUUUGAGCGCUUCUUAGCCGUUACUCUAAAAAAGUCAAUGUAUUUCUUUUGUCAUUGGUAAGUUAAUUUUCUUUGUAGUUUUGUACAUGAUAUAAAAGUUAAUAACAUUAUAAGAGACGUGCCUUCAAGUGGCUAACUAA